AUGGCCACGACAAUUUCAAUUGAGUCACCAGUCGGGAUCGAAAUGAUCCUUUCGGCCCUUGCUCUCCUUGCCCUCACUUGGAUCACUUACAAGCUCCUGCAAAAUGGCAAAGCCGAGCCAGUCUCCCCUGUUUGUGACCCAUUCACCGACGAGCUCCCACCUCUUGGCCACAGAGCCUUCAAGGCGGCUGAGCUUAUUCCUCGCCGUGAGCAAGAGAAUAUGAAACAGCAGAUCGACGUCCUCGAACGACGCCGCCAGGCAGCUUUCACUCAAAUCGGAAAGAUCUACGCACGCCGCCUUCAGAUCGACAAAGCCCUCGAUAAGUUGGUCUACGACUUGAGCAGGGAGUUCGGUCCCGACGAUAUGGAACCGGUUUUUGGGAUGAAAAAAAAGAUUCGUGACCUAUCACGAGAGAUGGAGCAAUGUUAUGGCCAAGUUGAUGACCUAUGCCAUCAAAUGCAUCAGAUGAUGGUGAUGCGACUCAAUUUGCGUCGAAAGAUUGAUCGACUCGACUUGCAGAUGGAGUCCGCGAGACUGGCUGAGAUCAUGUAUCCCCAUAUAAUCCCGGCGGAGGCUCUGGGGGAUCAGGAACGGGAGAUCGAGAAGCGAAGAUGA